GAUCUGUCGCUCCGGGGGAAGGCACAUCUCCCUCUCGGAACCCAGGCACGAGACAACCCUGGCCACGAAUGAUUACCCAUUGUCAUCGAAGCUACUAUCGGCGUCUCUCUCGCACGCAGGAAAGGGCCAAGGCCAGUCUCUUGCAGAGGCGGUCCAGGGUGCCGCGAACCUCUGUGGUGAUGGCGAUUCGCCCGAGAGGUCCGCCCUCUCCCAGCCGACGCACUGUGCUCGAGUAGCCCUCUCCCUGAUCGGUGUGCAAGAGCAGACGAAGCCGGCGGAACUGGAGAUUUACAGCCGACUCGCGUACUCGACCGCUCCGUUGUCGCCGCUCAAGCGCUCUCUCAACUCCACGAUGGCCAAGGUACCGGGACAGUCAUUCGAAAAGAGCGUUGAAGGCUACUCUUACGAACACAUUGAAAGUAUCGCCAACUUCCUGCUGAGCAAGACUGAGCACCGACCAGUCAUCGGAGUCAUAUGUGGGUCCGGUCUGGGUUCCCUCGCUGAUCUCCUUGUGAACAGCACCCAGUUCCAUUACAAAGACAUCCCUGACUUUCCAGUUAGCACAGUUCCCGGCCACAGCGGCAAACUCGUCUUUGGCAAACUGGAGGGCAAAACGGUCAUGUGCAUGCAAGGCCGGUUCCAUGCCUACGAAGGCUACCCACUUUGGAAGUGUGCCAUGCCUGUGAGGCUGAUGAAGCUCAUUGGAGUGAAAACUCUGAUUGUCACCAACGCUGCCGGCGGGAUCAAUACUAGUUUCAAGGCGGGAGACAUCAUGAUCAUCAAGGAUCACAUCAACUUUCCUGGUCUGGGUGGCGACAAUCCUUUAAAAGGACGCAACGAUGAUAGGUGGGGUCCUCGGUUCCCGGCCAUGAGCACUGCUUACGACGUCAAGCUUCGAGAAUUGGCCAAAAAAAUCGGCAACGAAGAACUGGGCAUGUGGUCGUAUCUCCGUGAAGGUGUCUACUGCAUGCUCGGUGGCCCCAACUUCGAGUCCGUCGCCGAGGUUAACAUGCUCCGAAUCUGCGGGGCUGACGCCUGUGGGAUGAGCACGGCGCACGAAGUGAUCGUGGCUAGGCACUGCGGCAUGCGUGUAUUUGGACUGUCCCUCAUCAGCAACGUUUGCAUCUCCAGCUACGAUGACCAACAGAUUGCAAACCACGAGGAGGUCCUCGCGACCGGCGAGUCCCGGAAGAAGGACAUGGAAAAGCUGGUCAGGGCCAUGGUCAAACGAAUGGACGCUUGAGAAAUACACAACAGCCACACAACCCAACCUCCUUUGAGAAGAUUCUCGGAGUCCAAUCUUCGAAGCGACUUGAUCAAUUGGUUGCCUCCAUGUAUGACAUGUGAUGGUGCACCGAACGAUAUUCAAUCAUUCAUGGUCAAAUCAUAAGCGCCACGAGGUCGGGCCCCGUACCCAAAUGACUGCCUUAGAAUUUGACGGUGUUACCGUAUUACGCACCAUUAUUUGACGUUAGAUUGUUUCGCCUUCCAGACGCUCUUCCUGUCACGGCUAAUUGAAUCUGCCUUAAAACGUGGCAUUUAUAUGUGCAGACCAACGAAUUGACUUGCAGACCAAGGGGGCUAACAAGUUUACUUUUUAGACGAUUCGUUUUUAUAGCACUAUUGAUUCAAGCGUCUGUAGUUGAUUCUUUUUGGCGUGCAUAAAGUUAUAAACUUCAAUCAUUAUACCACUGAAACGGAAUAAGGAUGUUUAGAAUACCACAUUUUAUUAUUUUAUCUCAUGCUCUUAUACUUACCAACAAUACACGAUGAGCCACUUCGGUUAUCUCAUUAUGUUUUAAGAAUAAAUAUUAAAAUAUUUUUAAGGUUCAUGCCCGGUGUAGGAACGGUGUAAUUCUGCGUGAAGGAUGACACGCCGCAAUGCCAUUUCGAUCUUGUGUUUUUGUCAGUCUGCCCCUUUUCUUUCUCCAAUUACCUCAUUAUCGAAUGUUCAUGUCUGCCCUUCUACAAGUGGUCAAAAUGUGUGCAGGUUUUACGCGCUGUGCUUGUAAAACAGCUUGCCCUACAUAAAGAUCGCAUUACACACAAACA